CUGUAUCAUUCUCUUGUCUCUCGAGCGAACACAAACAGGUUUUGCCUGUGUGUGUGUGUGUGUGUGUGUGUGUGUGUUGGCUGGGAUGUGUGUUUUCCUCUUCUUCCACUGGAGUGAAAGUUAAAGCGUCUGUCGUUCGUCAUGACGGUUUUACAUCGAUGAAGGGAUUUCACACAGGAAAUUAAGGGAAAACUGCACUUUAGGUUGGUGUAAAUAUGGCUCAUCGUUCCCAGUGCUCCUCUGCCGGGGACAAUCCCCUGGACCCCAACUACCUGCCCCCUCAUUACCGUGAGGAAUACCGAAUGGCAGUUGACGCCCUGGUUGAAGCUGAUUUGGAGGGCUACUAUGGGUUUCUUCAAGAAGCAGAUGUGGUUGAUUUCUUAGCCCGUUCAGAGCUUGAGUAUAUCAAACGCAUGGUGAAGGCUCCGCAUCACACCGCCCAACCAGAGAGGAGAUACAUGGCUGAAGAUGUAGAUGGCUCUUCUGACACUUACUGGCCGGUACAUUCAGACCACGAUGCUCCAAGUCUGGACCUAGGCUGGCCACAACAUUACAGAUUUGUUGGACCCACUGAAGUCACCACAUUGGUGAACCCAUCUGACCCAGAGAUGCCCAGUAUUAAGGAGCAAGUCCGCAGAAUGAUCAAAAAUGCACAACAAGUCAUCGCUGUGGUGAUGGAUAUGUUUACAGAUGUUGACAUCUUUGCUGAUAUCCUUGGUGCAGCGACUCGUGGUGUGGCUGUUUAUGUUCUUCUUGAUGAAAUAAAUGCUCACCAUUUUGUUGCGAUGGUGAACAACUGUAGGGUGAAUCUGGAUGCAAUAAAAUUCAUGCGGGUAAGAACUGUGUGUGGUAGUACCUAUUACUGCCGAACAGGAAAGACUUUCAAAGGUCAGAUGAUGGAUCGCUUUAUACUGGUAGACUGCAGAGCUGUUUUAAGUGGCAACUAUAGCUUCAUGUGGUCUUUUGAGAAGAUACAUCGCUGUCUUGCUCAUCUCUUUCUUGGACAGCUUGUGACGACCUUUGAUGAAGAGUUUCGCAUUCUCUUUGCCCAUUCAGAGCCACUGGUUGUUGAAAAUGUUUUGGCAAAUAUGCCGCACUACGGCGGUGAACCUGAAAGCUACUACAACACAGAAAAGUCCCAAAUGUUUAACAGAAAAUAUCCAACUAUGGGCAUGGAAUGGGCUGGACGUACAACAGAAGAUCAAAUGAAAUUGGGUUACAAAAUGCUACCCUUUAGGAGUGAAUCCAUCCACAGUGCAUCAGAAGCAAAUCCCUCUGUUCAGAAGCACAUGAACCUGCAUGCUGCUCCGCAAUUUAGAGGGGACCCUCAAUUUAUAGAGCAUGGAAGGCAAAUGAGGGGACCGAAUGAAAUGGCUGGCUUUAAAAGGCAUAGCUACGGAAGUAUACCUGAUUAUGAAUACAUGCCUCCUCAGAGCCAUCCAACAAUGAGAGGAAACCAAUACAUGGAGGGAGCAAUGCCGCAGGGCGGCCAAUUUGGAAGGGAACCAUGCAUUUACCAGGGAGCUGGAUUACAAUCUGGUUAUGACGUGUAUGGAAGGUUUAGAGGCCAAGGCCAACACAUCGAUCAGUUUUCAGGGCCUGGCUACACUCGUGAGGGAGAUGAGGCUGAACCACCUGGAGCUUAUGACCAUAUUCAAAGAUACCUGCAGUCUCAGCCUGCGAUGGAGGAAGGACAUGGUCCAAGAAAUGCAUUACCACCUGUGCAGUCCAAUCUCAGGAGACAUAGCAUGGGACAGUCUUAUGCAUGUCAGACCUCCCCAACACAACCAAACCCGCCAGAACAGAAACGUUUCUUCAAUGCAAGCCGCAAACCACAGGAUGUGAGUCAAAAGCAAGGCCUGCGGGACUGGAGGAUCAGCUCAUACCUUAGUGCAUAUGAUGAUGCGGGGGAGCUGGAUUUAGUUGAACUUGAAGGAUCCAGUGCAUGUGAUGACAUUCCAUGUUUUACGCAGGAAGCACCUCGUGGCCCCGUACGUGCUGAAAUUAGACCAGGAAAUAGAGAGUUUAACAGGAUACCUUCACCGAGGGAAAAUCCCAAAUUUGUCCAAAUUCAGAAUGAUUCUGUUUUGCCUGACAUUUUAGGUAAUCCUUCAUCUGACUUAUCACAAAUAAACAUCAAAACAACACCAGCAUCAACUUCAGAGUCUUCUUGCACCACUGAGGGUGACAAAGUGGAGGAGACGCAGAAUAGAGAACCUAAAGAGACUAGCUGGGUAAGUGAAGAGUUCCUCAAGAGGAAGCCCAGCCGACCAGUCCAGAGGAGUUCUAGACUGAGACAUUCGCUGAUAUUCAGUUCGAAUUUGGAGUUGAAUACGCCAGAAGACAUGAAAGACACUGCUGGAGAAAAAGAUGGGGAUGAAGCUUCAAAACUUACAGCUCGUGUGUCACAAAUCUUGGAUAAAAGGAGGACUGGUUCUCCAUUUCAACCUUUUCAGUGGAGCAGUUUUGGAAAGUCAGCCACAUUUGAUAACUCCACCUCAGAGUCUGCACAGCCUGAGGAUGAACUGAACAAAACAGGUAAAACUUCGGAUGUAGGUCAGGUUGAAAACUGCCAGAAUCUUCGAAGGAAUUCAGUGAAGAGUGAUGUGCAAGAAAAAGACCUGCCUCAAACAGUUCCUGAAAGAAAUACCCAAAGCCCUUCUAAUCUAUUGCAAAAGUCAUCUUCUUUCAUAGAUAUGAAUGACCCUGACUGUAGACUGAGGUAUUUCAAAGAGUUAGCAGCCAAACGCAAACUUGCAACAGCAAAGUCUUCUCAGACCAAUCCUAUAAAAGCCACCCAAAAGUUUACUCUACCAGAGAAACCUUCAACUAGUGAUGCAGAUAAAAAAACAGGACCUGUUUUCAAGACUCCAGAAACUCCACUCAAAUCAAAAAAUACCACUGCCACAGUAACGGAGAUCAAAGACAACAGAUGUGAGGAAUCAAGUAAAGGCAUCCUACACAGAGCCACUGAUGCUGAAAAAAUUAGAUUUAAGAAAAAACUUGCAGAAGAGUCUGCCUGCCUUGAAAAAAAAUUCAAGGGAGACAUUGAUCAAUCUCUAAAACCUGUAGAAGAAGCAAGAACAGUAUCUACAUCUAAAAACCAGACACCCCCCAUUUUAAAAGUAGAUUCUGUUGCAUUAAAUACAACCUCAGCAGAAUCUGGCCCCAAACAAUAUCAUAUUCCUAAAGAAAUAGAUCCCUCCCAUGCAGUUCAGACUGAGAGUUGUUCGCCUGUAAAGUUACCACAGACAAAAUGUGUGUCACCACUACACACCAUGCCAAAUGAGGGAAGUUUAUCUGCAAAUGACUCACAAACUCUUGCACAGAGCUUAUCCAAUAUUUCUAGCACAUGCCCUGAUACUGUGCCGCUAGAUUAUAAAUCAACAUCAGACCUUGCAAUUGUAGAUACUUGUGUACCCUCAAAAUAUGGCCACGAAGAUACAAAUCCCUCCCGAGCAUUUUCUACAAAUGGAAUUUGUUCCACCCAACAUCCGGCAGACUCUUCUCAACACCUCAGUGAAACUGGGGCAGAUUUUUUAAAACACUCCACCCCAAUAGGGGCUGAACGAUCUACAACAGAAAAUGCAUAUUCCCAACACCACUCUGCAACAGAGGAAAACUCUUCUCAACAGUAUAAUUUAAUGGAAGCGGGCUCUACCAAACCAGAAAAUAAACCCUCACAAAAAUCUACUUCAGCAGAGGCAGACUUUUCUCAACACACUCCUGCAUCUAAAACAGAGCCUACUUCACUGUGUAAAGAGUUUUCCCUGCACCCCACUGCUACAGAAUGUGGAACUUCACAAAAGUUCCCUGUUACAACAGAAGCUGACUCUUUUCAACAGCCAACUGCUGUAGAAAGUGAAUCAUUACAUCACUCCACUACAAUCGAAGCAGCCUGUUCUCAGCCUACUGAAACAAGGGAAAUCUCUUCUCAUCCCCCUUCUAAAACCAGGACAGACUUUUGCCAACAAUCCACUGCAGCAGAAAGUGAAAAAUCCCAACAGUGCACUGCAGUAUCCUCAGACUUUUCCAAACAUCCCCCUGCAGUGAGGGCAAACUCUUCCGAACACCCCACCGCAGCAGAGAUGGGCUCUUCUCAGUUCUCCACUGCAUCUGUGGUAGAUUCUACGCAACACCACAUGGCAAAAGAAAGUACACAACCCUUCAUACAACCAAUUGCACCUGCUACAACCUCCUCACAACAUUUCAGUGCAAUGGAGACAGACUCCUCCCAGCAGCCCACUGCAACUACCGCAGACUCUUCUCAACACCGUUCUGCAACAGGCACAAAUUCUUCUCAGGAACCCACUCAAAUGGAGACACACCCUUCUCAAAAGCCUAUAGCGGUAGAGAGAGACUCUUCUCAGCUGCCCACUGCAGCAGCUACAGAAUCUUCUCUGCAAUCCACUACAACAGUCACAGAUUCUCCUCAACAGCCCAAUGCAAUAGAGGCAAACCCUUCACAAAAGUCCAUUGCAUUUGAGACAGGCACUUCUCAGCAGUCCACUGCAUCAAUGGUAGAUGCAAUGAAACAGCUAACUGCAUCAGAGGCAGACACUCCCCAGUCCCACACUGCAACAGAAAGUGACCUUUCCACAGAACCUUUCAAACAACUACCUUUAUUGGGGGCAGGCUCUUCCCAAGAUCCCAAUGCAACAGUCACAGACUCUUCCCAGCAGCCCGCUGCAACAGUGGUAGGCUCUUUCCAGAUGCUGAAUGCAGCAGACAAAGACUCUUCCCAGCAGUCCACUUCAACAGACACAGAUUCUUCCCAGCAGCCCAUUGCAGCAGAGAUUGUCUUGUCUCAGCAGCCUAUUGAAACAUUCACAGACUCUUCCCUGAAGUCAACUUCAAGAGACACAGACUCUUCCCAGCAGCCCACUGCAACAAAUGUAGACUCUUCUCGAGAGAUCACUGCAGCAGACACAGACUCCUCCCGGACAUCCACUGCAACAGAGGUAGACUUUUCUCAAGAGAUCACUGCAGCAGACACAGACUCCUCCAAGACGUCCACUGCAACAGAGGUAGACUCUUCUCGAGAGAUCACUGCAGUAGACACAGACUCCUCCAAGACGUUCACUGCAACAGAGGUAGACUUUUCUCGAGAGAUCACUGCAGCAGACACAGACUCCUCCAAGACGUCCACUGCAACAGAGGUAGACUCUUCUCGAGAGAUCACUGCAGCAGACACAGACUCCUCCCAGACGUCCACUGCAACAGAGGUAGACUCUUCUCAAAAGAUCACUGCAGCAGACACAGACUCCUCCCAGAUGUCCACUGCAACAGAGGUAGACUCUUCUCGAGGGAUCACUGCUGCAGACACAGACUCCUCCCAGGCGUCCACUGCAACAGAGGUAGACCCUUCUCAAGAGACCACUUCAGCAGACACAGACUCCUCCCAGAAGUCCACUGCAACAGAGACAGAUUCUUGCCCUGAGCCCAUUGCAGCAGUCACAGACACUUCCCAAAAGUCUGCUUCAACAGACACAGACUCUUCUCAGCAGCCCACUGCAACAGAUACAGACUCUUCCCAGGAGCCCACUGCAAAAGAGACAGACUCUUCCCAGGAGCCCACUGCAAAAGAGACAGACUCUUUCCAGCAGCCCAUUGCAACAGAGGACUCUUUCCAGGAGCUCACUGCAAAAGACACAGACUCUUUCCAGCAGCCUGUUGCAACACAAGUGGACUCUUCUCGAGAGCCCUCUGCAGCAGAAACAGACUCCUCCCCUGAGCCAACUGCAGCUGCCACAGACACUUCCCAGGAGUCCACUGCACAAAUCACAGACUCUUCCCAGCUGUCUGCUGCAGCAGAGAUAGGCUCUUCCUGGGAGUCCAUUGCAGCAGAUACAGACUCUUCCUAUUAUCUCACUGCAACAGACACAGACUUUUCAGACACAGACUCUUCCCAGCAGCUGGCUGCAACAGAGACAGACACUUCCCAGAAGAUGACUGCAACAACCACAGACUCUUUCCAGCAAUCUUUUGCAACAGAGAUAGACUCGUCCCAGCAGCUCACUAUAACAGAAAGUGGUUUUUCACAAAAUCCCACCAAAAUGGAGACAGACACUUCUAAACUUCCUACUGAAACAGAAAAUGAACCCCCUCAAGACAUCACUACAAAUAAGCCAGAGAAAAAAGAUGAGAACUUAACUGAAGCCUUCAGCAAAGUAAUACCCAUUCCAGAGGUUAACAUUACUCAAAAAGACAAUAGCAUAUCUCAAAAUGCAGUCAUCACAGAUUUAAGUUCUUCAGCUGAACAUUCCCAAUCUGAUACGGUUACACCUUGUGAUAGCCAAGUGGAACUAAACCAGACACAAGCAUGGGCUGAACCAUGUGUAACUCCUACGGUUAAACACUCAGACAGUGGUGCUUUAACUAGUCUUGAUUCAAUGGAGGUGAGCUCAGCUCAGCCUCAAGGUUCACCUGAGCCUUGCUUGUCCUCGAAUGAAAUCAACUCAACUCAGGGAAUAGCACUUUUACAAUCCAGCUUAUCAUCAAACCCUAUGGAAUCUAGUUGUCAAAAUGACUUAAAGCCUGAGAAAAUGAAUGAGUGCCAGAAAUCUGAGACCAUUACAGAGCAAAUUCAGAGUCAUGACACUUCAGCUGUAGAUGCAGGUCCCAAGACAGCUCAGAUAGAAGUUUCCACAGCAAUAGACUCUAACGAAGUUGAUAAAAUAAAACAAACAACACCAGAGGUAGAAAACACUGUGACAAACCUUGCCGAGGUGUCAGAAAAAUCACAUAUGACUGUACACAGUAAUUCAGAAAACCAGUCUUCGGUUGCAGAGAAUGCAAAACCGACUAUGUCUGCCCAUCAGACGUCUACUGCAAAUGUUAUCUCUUGCAGCAACCUUAGAGAUGACACUAAAGUUCUUUUAGAGCAAAUUUCAGCAAAGAACCAAAGCAGAUCUUCCCAGUCCAAACAGACUGCUACUCCCAAUGAAGCCAAAAAGGGCGAGGUUAACUCUGGAGAUAAAUUGUUCUCGAAUUAUUCAGGAAGGCCCUGGACCUCUAAGGCUACUCCAGAAGAGCGGGAGAUUUUACUACAAAAGAUGGAGCAAAUGCGUAAAGAGAGGAAGGUCUACAGCCGUUUCGAGGCCUCGUGAAUUAAAAGAACCAUUGGAAGAGGUGCUCCACUCAUGGACAAUAAGAGAGAAGCGAUGUUGCCUGAUUUUGUUCUUUUUUACAGUCUUACCUCAUAACUGUGAACCUGCACAAACUUGGAGUGAAGUCUCUUAUAACUUCUGAUUAUACCAAAGACUGCUGCCUAUAUUGAGAGCGUGGAAAUCCCUGCAGGGCUUAACAAGCUAUGCAGAUGAUCUGUGUGACAGAAACAGAAACUUAGCCUUUACCAGCUGGAAUAAGCUUUUGAUAGGGCAGUGUUUCUUAGUGUGUGUAAAUAUAUAGUAUAACUGUGAAACACAUUUCUGAACCUUUUGUAGUUAUUAGGAGUUCUAUAUCCAGAAAUGAUGAUCUGAUAUAAAUACUGUAAAUAGAGAGUUGUUCAUUAAAAAUUUAACUGCCAGAGACAGGGCAUGUGAACGAUGUGGAGUGGGGGAGGAGUUGCGUGAUACCGCCAAGAGGAAAGAGCAGGUUUUCUGAAGAUCUUCCCCAAGAUCGUUCUGAUACUGCUUCAACUUGUUAACAGACGACUGUUUGUGUUUCAAUACAGCAUAAAACUUUUCUCCAAA